GAAACUCCCGGCAGAUGCUGGAUUGCCUUGUUAGGAAGUAGACAGUAGCCACUGGGUUUAGGCCUACCUGUUAUCGAGUCGGAACGGCAAUCUUGUUAAAAAGUUGAGAAAUGGAUGUGUUGGUAGUGGUGCUGUUGCUGAUUGGGUCCUGCUAUUGUCAGAACAAUGGUGAUACAGUACGAAUGGAAUGGGAGGCCAAUCAAAUGCCGGACCCCUACACCAAUCCCAAGGCUUGUGGUCGCUACGAGAAUAAACCAGCCUAUAUCUGUGAUCCCAACAAUCUGCUCCCAGCCAAAGGAGCUGAUAUUAUUGACUGGCUAGCGGAGGGGACCUACUUAAAUGACACGACCUGUCCUUGUUCGGACUAUCGAUGUGAAUCCAAUGACGCGAAACCCUAUGGUUCUAUCAUCAACGUUGCUUUAAUCAAGAAGUUGAAGCGACCAGAAGGGCAGAAAGCUUCGACAGAAAAUCUUCUGAAUGCUGCUCGAAGCUUUACCUACAAUCUGACCAAUGAUCGCUGGAACAAAGGUGUCUGCAAUAACAACAUUGUUAUCAUGUACUCUGCUGAUGAUGAAACGCUUUUUACCAUGGCUGGAAAGACAUCUGCGUUACGACUCAAUAACCAGAUUAUAACCGAGAUUACAGAACACCACAUCCGCCAUUUUAUAGAUAAGAAAGAUCUAACAGCCGGGCUAUACAGUCUUAUUGUCGACUACAGGAAUGUGUUGCGCGGAGAGUAUCAGUCGUGGAGGGAGUAUGACCGAUCACAGCGUCCCAUUGGUGGAGGAAGUGUUCCUGUUGCUUCAGUUGCGACAUUCCUCUCGCUCGUCAUGGGACUUGUCCUCUCAUUCCGAUUUUAACUUCGGAUUGGGAAACAUUCACAAGAAAACUACCAUCAACAGGAAACCUCUGGAAAAAACAUUGUCGUUGGAAACUUAUAAAUCAUCCAAUUCUUGGCGGUUUGUUUUUGCGUUUCAGAGUUGUUCGUCCAUAAGACAUGCAUAUUUAAAUUAACAAAUGGGCCCCUGGUUCCGAUACAAUUUCCAGAUAAUCAAAGUCGCUAUAGUUGAUGGUGUUCCGAGGUUCCUGGAGAAACAUUUUACAGUCAUAGCUCAUGUUAAGAGAGUUGCUGAUUGUAAUCCAUUAAGAAAAAUCAUCGGGGUAUUAAACAAAACAGGAAGUUGUUUAAUACAAAUCGUUUAAUGUUUUGACUACCAACCCAGAAUGUACAAAAUCUGUGGAAGCCACAAAGCUGUGGACUGAUUACAAAUAUUGUAAGUCUUUGACCAAACCGCAGUAAAACAGUUUAAUAUUGGCCAGUUAUAAAAAAAAAUGAUUAUAUGAAAUUUAUCAUUAAGAAAAAAGUGCAUUGUUGAAUAGAAGCGGUUGUGUUAGUGUAUUUCAGAGCUUUUCAAAAUUGAAGAGAUUUGCGAUAUGGAAUGGUUUUGAAUGUAUGAAUAGGUUGGGGUGUCAUCCAUAUGCAGUAUUGAAAGAUUGAGUGUAUUCAUAAAAAAUAAUAAGACUUGAAAUACAUAUCCAUGAUGUAUUAAACAACCCCCACCCUUAUCAUCACUGCCUUUAUGGGGUAGUUUCGAUUAAAAUACUUAAGUCCUGGUAUAGAAUCAUAAGAUACCGUAUGCUCAUCGAGCCGGGGUCCAUAAAAUUUCGUUUCAGUGCUGUAAAUUUAUAUGGUACAGUUUUAAAAUUAAAAAAAAAAAUUAACUGGCAGUUCUGUAGCUGCUGAAUCGAAGAAUAUAAAACAUGGUCUGACUGUGAUAUGUAGAGGAUCACCUUCCUUUAAAGUAAAUUAGAUUUCCCUUAGGGCCUAGUAAGAAAGGGUGCUAUCUUGUGAAUCUAAAUUUUCCUACCACAGCCCUUUGUGGGAAUUUGUUUACAACAUCGAUUAUAAUAUAUAUCGAACAUCGAACAAACAGCUGUGGGCUCGAAGCAGAAAGUGAUAUCUUUCAAAUACAUAUAUGUGUGUACAAAUGUACAUGUAUUUUUUUUGGUUGGGUUUUUCCAUUUAAAAUUUUUUUUUUUUAUAAAAUUUGGUCAUUUAUUAGCUUUAAUAUAAUUACAAUACAUAUUUAUACUAAUAUAUUACAUAAAUAGCCUAUGUUUGUUUGAUGUUGACAGAUUAAUUCAAGUUGAUAUUUAUGAGAUUGUUUACACAGGAAACAAAAUACUUAAAAAAAAUGUUCAGAAAAACAAAAAUGCAUUGUCUGCAAAAAAGACACAUUUCAUAUUUGAUAUAACAAAUAUAGAAUGUUUUCUGAAAUUUUUGUGAAACUAAUUAUUAAACGCCCUGUUUUUUUGUUUGUUUUUUGUUUCUUUUGAUUGUUUGAUUUUCAACAUAUUAUAACAAAUAUUUUUACACUGAAAGAAGGAUAUUAUGAUAGAAUUUUAAAGUCUUCCCACCGAAAUAUAAUAUAAACGAUCCCUUUGUCUGACAAUUAACUAGUUAUUCAUAUGUUUACGGAAUUCAGACAGGUUUUUUUAAAUGUGUGGUUGUUAAGACUAUGUUUUUAUUGAAAAUAUCUUUAAGAUUUUUAAGGAUAAGAGACUGUUGUAGUUAAAUUGAUUGAAUGCCGAAAGGGACAUAAUAAAUUACAAAAUAUCAAAAUACUCAUUACAAUAUGUUCUAUUUGUAUAGAGCUUAGUAAAAUAGUAAAGUCUUGUAUAGAUUUUAGAUUUUUAUUUUAGAAAGCUGUAUUUUACCUUGGAGCACAGGGUUUCCUGUCAAGUUUGUUUAUGUUUGUAAUGAUCAUCGGGAAUGAGAGCUGUUAUAUUAUAUAUAUAUACAUGUACAUAUAUGAGUGAUAUAAAUGUAUUUUGUAAAUGUAAUUUCUUCGUUGCCACUGUAAUUGUUUUAUAAUGUGUAAGUCAGUGCCUUAUUCUAUAUUUUAGCUUACGAUGUAUCAUAAUAGCUUUUGUUUUCUUUUAUUUUAAUGUCGGUUCAGAAAGAUCUUGUAAAUUUUUCAUAAUGAAUCUUUAGAGAUCUUAGUUGAGGAGUUUUUCUUUGAAAUAACAAAAAAAAAUUUCAGUAUCAGCAAAUACAUACAAAAUUUAACAUUACAUACUGGUUUGUAGGAUUGUGGUGGAUUUAAGCAAGCAUAAUAAUUACAGAAAUUAUUUAAAGUAACAACAUAAAUCAUAAUAUGCUUAUUGAAAGUUUUGAUUACAAUAGGUCUUUUAUAACAUAGCUUUAAUAUCUUAAUAAAAAAAUGCUUCUUCUAAGACAAGGGAGACAGCUCCAAGCAGAAAAGUGUGAUCAUCAUCAACACUUCUUGUUAAAUUUAGAGUUUAAUUUUUUAGUCACCAGAUCAGAAUAUGACGGGGUUACAUUUCCUUGGAAAAAUGUUAAUAAAUGUUAAAUAAAAGAAAGAAUUGUUAUGAAUGUGUGAAAUGUAUAUUGUUUGUUUUUUUAAGUUCAGUUUAGUUUAGUUUGAUAUUUUUACACUUAACAAGUUUGUUACAGGUUGAAAUUUUAUCAGCUUUAUUGAAAUGUUAAAUAUGAAUUUUCUCUUAACUUAAAAUUCUGUAAAAAAAAUCCUUGCAUUUGAAAUUUUUGAAAAAAAAAAAAAAUUUCAUCAUUUAACAUGAAUAAAAAUUGAAAUUUUAAUGAUAUAUUUUUUGAACAUUAAAGAAUCUCUCGAAUGUUUUAUAUUCUCACUGCUUGGUGAUUUAGAUAAAUGCUGUCUAUGCUUGCCAUAGUGCUUGCCUGUCUGCAAGAUUAACAAAUAAAUAUUUAUAUUUUCACCAAACGAAA